AUUGUCCUUUGUCGCAGCAAACGCAUGACUCUCCCCAUUUAGAUGCUGCGACAAUACCUCCUCUUCUUCCAUUGAAGCAAAACAUACCCGACAUGCCACCCAAGAUUGAUCCAAAUGAAAUUAAGAUUACCACUGGUGGUGAAGUUGGUGCUUCCAGCGCUUUAGCUCCGAAAAUUGGUCCGCUUGGUUUGGCUCCUAAAAAGGUCGGUGAAGAUAUUGCUAAGGCUACAGCAGAUUGGAAGGGCCUACGUGUGACGGUGAAAUUAACUAUUCAGAACCGUCAAGCGGCUGUUUCAGUUGUCCCAAGUGCUUCUUCCUUAGUCAUUAAAGCGUUAAAAGAGCCGCCAAGAGACCGUAAAAAGGAAAAAAACAUCAAACAUUCUGGUAAUAUUACACUCGAAGAAGUAAUCGAAAUUGCUCGUAUAAUGCGUUCCAAGUCCUUCGCCAAAGAACUUAAGGGGACAGUGAAAGAAAUCUUGGGCACAUGCAAUAGCGUUGGGUGUACAGUUGACGGUCAAACUCCGAAGGACCUAAGCGACUCAAUCGAAGCUGGUGAAGUAGAAAGAUUUUUGGUUUCUGGCGAAUAG